CCCGUUUAACGGACUGGGGAAAUGGGCUUGUUUUAAUGUAGUGAUGACGAGACAGUGAGGAAGAAGGAGUUCAGCUGUGAUGAAAGCAGCACCUGCGAGGAACUGCGACAAAAGAAGAUAAAACAUAAAAGAAGACGUCGGAUAUAACUCCUCUCCGCGGAAACAGCCAAAAUGUCAUGGAUAAAAGCUCUCACCUCUUGCCUUGUGCUCUCCAGCCUGCUGUUCAGUUCCCAGGCAGUGCCUAUUAGUGUAGAUAAAACUAAAGUCACGGUUCCAGAAGCAAAGGUAGAAGAAUCGCCUCAGAGUGUGGACACUGGACUGCAUUAUGACCGCUAUCUCAGGGAAGUUAUUGAUUUCCUCGAAAAAGACCAGCAUUUUAGAGAAAAGCUGCACAACACAGACAUGGAGGAUAUAAAGCAAGGGAAACUGGCUAAAGAGCUGGACUUUGUGAGCCACCAUGUCAGGACGAAGCUGGACGAGUUAAAAAGGCAAGAAGUGAGUCGACUGAGGGCGCUCAUCAAAGCCAAGCAGGACAUCGUAGGAGGGAACGAUGUGGCUGUGGACCAUCAGGCUUUAUUGAAGCAGUUUGAAUAUCUGAACCACAUGAACCCUCACACGUUUGAGGUGGAAGAUCUGGACCGACUCAUUAAAUCAGCUACAAAUGAUUUGGAGAAUUAUGACAAAGAACGUCAUGAAGAGUUCAAGAAGUACGAAAUGAUGAAGGAGCACGAGCGCCGCGAGCACCUGAAGACCCUGGACGAGGAGAACAGGAAGAAAGAACAGCAGCAUUAUGAAGAGAUGAAGAAGAAACAUGCUGAUCAUCCAAAAAUUAAUCACCCUGGCAGUCAGAAUCAGCUGAAAGAGGUGUGGGAGGAGGCAGACGGUCUCGACCCAGAUGAUUUUGACCCUAAAACAUUCUUCAACCUUCAUGAUACAAAUGGAGACGGCUUUUUUGAUGAGCAGGAAUUAGAGGCGUUGUUUACUAAAGAGCUGGAGAAAAUCUAUGAUCCUGCAAAUGAAGAGGACGACAUGGUGGAGAUGGAGGAAGAGAGGCUACGGAUGAGAGAACACGUGAUGAAUGAGGUUGAUACCAACAAGGACCGCCUGGUAUCAUUAGAUGAGUUCUUGAUUGCUACAAAGAAGAAAGAAUUCCUGGAACCUGACAGCUGGGAGACUCUGGAGCAGAACCAGGCUUACACAGAAGAGGAGAUGCGUGAGUUUGAGGAACAUCUUGUCAGGCAGGAGCACGAUCUGAAACAAAAAACAUCAGAACUGCAGAAGCAACGAGAGGAGCUGGAGAGACAGCAGGAGCAGCUCAAUGCACAAAAAUUUGAACUCCAACAAGCUGUAGAGCACAUGGAACGGUUAAAAAACCAGAAGGUUGAAAGUCCACCUCAAGUUCAUGUUGAUGGUAAUGCAGUCUCAGAAACCCCUAAAGACAAGCACCAGCCUCCACCUGAGCAUCAGCCACUUCCUCCAGGGCACCAGGACACUCCUGCAGCUAAGCAAGAUUUGGACCAUGCCCAGCCGCUCCCUCAGGAUCCCCACACCGUGACCCACAACCUGCCACAAGUACCAUAAACGAGGGACGGUUUUUGGGAGCAGUGCCGGACUGUGCAGAUAAAACACAAGCACCACUUCUCCAGCGUCUGGAGGCGAUGCAUAAGGACCACUCACCUCUGUGGGGAUCCUCCAGUUUCUGCUGCUCAACAGCAAUGUAUUCAAACCCUAAUUUGUUUUAUUGUAUAAUCAUCCUUAUGCUGGUUUGACUGGUCAGAUUCAUUUUGCACAUUUUUUUUUUUUUUUUUAAUUAAGACAAAGGGUAUGAUGUACUUUUUUUUUUGAAUAGAUAAAUGCAAACCAAACAAGGUCUAGCUAUUUCAAUAAUGAGUGCAGUUAACAGAUUUCUGCCCGAUUUUCUUUAAUUUAAUCCCCAGAAAGAUAACAGGCUUCAAAUGGUAUUUGAAUACUUCAAUUCCAGUUCAUGUUUACGCUCUUGUAGAAAAUGGUGCCCGUUUUAAGGUGCAUUCAAUUUUCUUCAUUCAAUUACAAUUUAAAAGAAAAUUAAGGUGUCAUCAAUUUGUGUACUGUUCUCAUUAAAGUGGUCGAGGCAUCCA